AUGGCAACAACCUCCCCCCAAAACCUCCCCGGCGCCCCCGUCGACCCCUCCGCCGCCCAAGGCGCCCAGAUCCCCCUCCAGUCCUUCACCCUCCCCACCUUCCCGCCCGAAGCCUCCUCCCUCAAAGCCCUCACCCUCACCUCCGACAUAACCGUCUCAGACUACCAGUCCCACCUCACGCAGCCCUUCAGCAUCCCGCCUCUCCCCGCAGGAAUCGAAUCCCUCACCCUCGAGCUCUUCAGCAUGGGAUACCCCCCGGCGUUCUUGAGCACAUUGGCGGACCGUCUGCCGAAUCUGAAGAGCGUGGUCGUGUACAGCCAGUUGUUCGCGGGCAUCAGCGAGGAGAGCAUGGAUGAUGCGGUGGAGUUUUUCAAGAAGUUGCAGGGGUUGCGGGCGGUGCAUUUCUUGGAUGUCUUUGCGAAGCCGGGCUUCUUUAGCAAGGCGGCGAAGUGGUUGAAGUAUAACACGAGUGACACUCCCGGGGAGGCGAGACGGGGGUUGAUGUUUUUGGAGAUCAACUAUACGUUUCGACACGAAGAUGAGGAUUUCAUGGGCAAGAUCCAGGCGAGUGAGUUGCCGAGUCUGGUUGGACCGGGUUUGAUUUCCUGCUCGUUCAAUUUGAGUGAGCCUGAAGGCGCGGAAGAGGACGAGGAAGAUCCGACGAACAUUCAAGGUGUUGCGAGCAAAGAGGGGAUCAUGGCGUUCAAUCAAAGUCUGGCAGGGCCGUUGAUUGAGGCUUUGACCGACGAGGAGACGUCGCCGAAGGGCCUGAGAGCGCUGAUCACGACGUUGUACACGUUGACGGCGGAGCAGUUGAGGAAGAUACUGGAAGUGCAGAAGCAUGUGCUGGUGCUGCAGGCAACCGCGGAGGUAGAACCUGGGGAGGAGUACAAGAAGAAGUUGUUGAAGGCGGUGGAAGGGUGUAAGAAUCUGGAACAGGUGGAGGUUGUUGCGAACCCGAGCUUGCAAUUUUUCAUGGAAGUCCAAAAUCCUCGGUCUGGCGUCAUGGCCAAGACAUUCCCAACUGGAGAAGACUUGGAAACACUGUCGAAGAAGUGCGAGAAGCUGUCGAGUUUCAAAGCGAAUGUGUUGCGGACCACCAAUCUCGGCACCGUCGACUGGCAGAAGAAAGACGGCAAGUGGAGUGGCGGUGUGCUGCCAGGGAAGGGUACUGGAACCGUGACCGUGUAA